AUGAUAUCGACGGACUGGUCGUUGCAUGAACCAAACACGAUGACCGUCUUUGCUCUCAUCAUCAUCAACAAGGCCGGCGGCUUAAUCUUCAACAAAAACUUCCAAGAUGGCCUCCAACAGAUCAGCACAAACGACUAUCUAGUUCUUGCCGGUACAUUCCACGGAGUCCACGCCAUCACGGCGCGCCUCAACCCCGUCAAGAACCUCCCAGGCUCGACACCCCCAGGCAACAGGCCAGAGCCCUCAUCAGGUUUGGAGGUGCUAGAGACGGAAAACUUUCGCAUGCAGUGCUUCAACACCAUCACGGGCACCAAGUUCCUGCUCUUCACCGACACCACCCAGGCCAACGUCGAUGUCACCAUCCGCAGGAUCUAUGACCUCUAUGCAGACUACGUCAUGAAGAACCCCUUUUAUUCACUCGAGAUGCCUAUACGCUGCGACAUCUUUGACCGGAAACUGUUGUCUUAUAUCAGGGAGAUCAAUAAUCGAUAG